GCUGACCAGCAGCGAGGCCGAGCAGCAGCGCAAGUCCAAGGAGAUCGACAAGUGCCUGAACCGCGAGAAGACCUACGUGAAGCGCCUCGUCAAGAUCCUGCUGCUGGGCGCGGGCGAGAGCGGCAAGUCCACCUUCCUCAAGCAGAUGCGGAUCAUCCACGGCCGCGAGUUCGACCAGAAGGCGCUGCUGGAGUUCCGGGCCGUCAUCUACGAGAACAUCGUCAAGGGCUGCAGAGUUCUUGUUGAUGCACGGGACAAACUAGGGAUCCCUUGGCAAUACAUGGAGAAUGAGAAGCAUGGAAUGUUUUUGAUGGCUUUUGAAAACAAAUCUGGAAUGCCUAUAGAGCCUGCUACAUUCCAGUUGUAUGUACCUGCACUGAGCAUGCUGUGGAAGGAUUCUGGGAUCAAGGAAGCUUUUAGCCGUCGGAGCGAGUAUCAGCUGGGUGAAUCGGUGAAAUACUUCCUGGAUAACCUGGAUCGGAUUGGCCAGCUGAAUUAUUUUCCAAGCAAACAAGAUAUUUUGCUAGCCAGAAAAGCCACCAAGGGAAUUGUAGAGCAUGACUUCAUCAUUAAAAAAAUACCUUUCAAGAUGGUGGAUGUGGGUGGACAGAGGUCUCAGCGACAGAAGUGGUUCCAGUGCUUUGAUGGGAUAACUUCAAUUUUGUUUAUGGUUUCCUCCAGUGAAUAUGACCAGGUUCUCAUGGAAGACAGACGCACAAACAGACUGGUGGAGUCCAUGAACAUCUUUGAGACAAUAGUCAAUAACAAGCUCUUCUUUAAUGUUUCUAUCAUCCUAUUCCUGAACAAAAUGGAUCUCCUUGUAGAGAAGGUAAAGACAGUCAGCAUUAAGAAGUAUUUCUCAGAUUUCAAAGGUGACCCUCAUAGGCUAGAAGAUGUUCAGCGUUACUUGGUGCAGUGUUUUGACAGAAAGAGGCGGAACCGCAGUAAGCCACUUUUCCAUCAUUUCACAACUGCCAUAGACACUGAAAAUAUCCGUUUUGUGUUUCAUGCAGUGAAGGACACGAUCCUUCAAGAGAAUCUAAAGGAUAUUAUGUUGCAGUGAAGAAGAGCUCCCCUUGUCUUGUUGAAAUUUACCCAGGGUCUAUAAGUCAAAGCUUUGUGGUUUUAGGAACCAAGCUGUUCACUUGACUCAGGAACGCUGAAACUAGCCAGUCAUGGAGACAGAAGGAGUCAAACAUUGAUGUUAGCUACUGAAUCAUUCAGACAAGUAACACUACUGAAAAAAGUGUCCAUUAUAGGGUUUGACAGCUAGUUUGGAAUGUUGAAUAACAAAAUCACCUUCCUGGUUUAGAAAAAUCUAACCUUGAAAAACUGCGUAAGGAAGACUUUUAAUGAAAACUGUUAUUUUGCAAGGAUAAAACUGUAACUGUACAGACUGCCUUUCUCUGUAGGUGCUGAAUUAACCAGUCAAACUCAUGUAAAUUACAACGAGGUUGGUAGUUGUGCUAGAGAAUAAAUGGCAAUAUAUUAAUCACAAUUCCACAUGUAAUCUUUAAAUAUGUAACCAGAUCUUGCUUGCAUGUGUAGUGUUUGUCAAGGAUCUGGAGUCCACUUAUGUGGAUGCACAACUCUUGUCUGAAGGCCUUGCAUCAAUCUCUUGACACAUGCAAGUCUAAGACUAUAAAUGAAAUUCAGUAGUAUUAUGAGUGAAAUCCACCAGGCUCUACAAGUCCUGUUUCCUGCCAUUCCGGAGUCAAAUGGAGGAGAAAAUUAAGGCCUAGCUGAUGGACAAUAUUUUGUUUUGCACUACAUAUACAGUAUCUUACAUCAUGGGAAACUGACUUCCAUAGUAAUGCAGCUUGAGGCAUGCACUAGAACAUCUGACCACUUAUCUGCACAUAGUGGGUGCUCUAGUGAGGUGUGGUUUAUGGAAAUUCAGCAUUGUUCUCUCACCUGCAGUUGGCAGUAUUUAUGAAGAUCCAACUUCUCACUUAACAGGGCUGUCUGUCUCCAAACAUGUGGAAGCCGAUUAAACUUUUUAGAAAAUUUUUUGGAGGUAGAACAUCUGCUUGAUUAGUUCCUAACAGCUGACCUUACAAGAAGAGCGAACACUCAUGAGAUUCCAAUUUUACAGCUGCACUGAUACGUUUGGACAGCAGAACCCUGUAAACUAGCCCAAUUUUAAUCUGUUUCUUAAUCAGAUCUUUAGCAUAUAUUAAUUUACAUGUAGUUUGCAUAAACUGUCAAAUUUAGAGUGUCCCAUUUCAGGUGAUGGUGUACACAUGUGAAAUUGCAAGAGGCUGUGAAUAAUGUUGAUAUGAAUGGUUGACUUUCUAGCUCUCAACAUUUACAGGUGCCUUUGUUUGUGUAUAGAUAAUACCAAUCUUGUCUACUACAAUGAGGUGCAUAAACAAAAUUUAAGACCUGCCUUUUA